AUGGAGGAACAGGUCCAGCAAUUCAUUAAGAGUCAUACAGCUUCCCAAUACGGAUGCGGCGAAAUCAUCAUCAUGAAAGAGACGUGUACAAGCGACCGUUACAACGCUGCGGCGGCAAAAAGUGCACAUGUAGCUGCAGCUCAAAUCGAGUCCGAAUUGCGCAUGAGACUAGACGGCCUUCCCACACAUUCACUCCACCCCGUCUCUUCACGCUAUAUUCCGCGCACUUACUUCACCCCGUCCUGGCCAUCUAUCCCCCGCGAUUCAUCCCUUCAGCUCUUCAAAAUGUAUCAUCUAGACGGCACCCUAUCGCCAUCCGAACAAACUCCGUUCAAAGACCUGUUUAAAAUCGCAACGUCGAAAUGGACCGCGUUCAAACGAGGCGAGACAGCAACGAUAGAGGAACCACUCUCACGACCUUCAGUGUCUCGAAGCUCCACUCAACUUUUAGUCCCGAAAUCGAAGACUUAG